AUGCUACCAGACCGAUUGGGUCAGCUUCCCAGGGAACUACGCGACCGGAUCCUCUUCCUAGCCCUUCCGGACACAUUCGAGGUGGAAUGGGGCUCCAUCUACAACAAUCGCUGCUACAAUGAGUCUCUGCCACGAGCAUCACUAGCGAUACCCGAGAGGCCAGAAAUAUUGAGGGCGAACUUCGACCAGCCCAUUAUCGACAAUGUACUCCCAGAGGCUGUUCAUGGUGCUCAAAAGGGAACUUUGAGGGUACCUAGAACACUCUUAGGCCGUAUCACACGUAGUGAUAAUUGCACUACCCUAUACAUGAUCGAGGAAGCAAUAGAGUUCCUGCAAGACAUGCUUUCCUUCGAGCGCGAUGCUAUCAUCGCCCUUUCUCUCCGCCUAGGCAGGCUCCCUUUUAUUGAGGCCGAGGGGCUGGAACUGGAGUCCUGUGAACAGAAACUAACCACGCGACGGCGCGACCUGUCUGACCCCAACAACCCAAACUUCAUUUCCAACUUCGCACUCUUUAAGCACUGGGUGCUGCAAUUGAUAUUUGCGGAUGAACUGGCUACACCCGAGUCUCUCUGGGUCACGUCUAUGCAAAACUUGAUGGGCUACGUGAUGAACGAAAAGGCUCUACUGCUGAUAGACCUCGGAUUCAUUGCAAACGCAGAUCCGCAUGUUGAGCUAGGGGACGUCCUCUGCUUUCUUGAUAGGAGUACUUCGCCAGCAGUGCUCAGACUGGAAGCCGACGGGUCCUUCCGCCUGGUCGCUUUUGCAUGGGUCUAUGAUGUCUCGCUGGACAAAAAGGAUACCACGGAACUCGCUAUAACUAGUGGAUCCUCCUAUGAACUAGUUUGCGCGGGUCUGAGCUAG